AUGGAUGGAUGGACGGAUGGACGGACGAAUGGACAGAUGGGUGGAUAUCAAGUUUUACAUAUUGAGAUGUCCUAUUCUGUUUAUGCAGAGGCAGGCAGCGGCCAGGACUACGUGACCUCGGAAAACCAGCUGCUUUACUACCCUAGCAUCACCUACGCCAUCAUCGGCAGCUCCAUCAUCUUCGUCCUCGUGGUGGCCUUCCUCGCCUUGGUCCUGCACCACCAGCGGAAACGCAACAACCUGAUGGCGCUGCCGGUGCACCGACUGCAGCACCCCGUCCUGCUGUCUCGCCUGGUUGUCCUCGACCACCCGCACCACUGCAGCGUCACCUACAACGUCAACAACGGCAUCCAGUACGUGCCCAGCCAGCCCUACCACCGGGCGGCGGACGUGGACUCCCCGCCCUCCUACUCGGAGGCCGUGCUCGACCAGAGCAGACCGCCUUGGUUUGACCUUCCUCCGCCGCCUUAUUGUUCGGAAUCUGAAUCCCCUCAUCAGCCAGAUCUCCCUCCUUACCGAUCUCGGACGGGCAGCGUGGUGAGCACCGCCACCCCCGCGGCGGGAAGCCCUCUGGGCAUGGCGGGCAGUUGGACAAGAGACAUCCACGAAAGCAUGGAUGGCCACAGGACUCUCCUCGAGAGGACAGCAGCUCAGAGCGAUUCUCUGCUCAGCCACGCUGCAGAAGGAGAAGCAUAA